CCCUUUAAGAGGCGGUAGCUAGCUCCCAGUUGCCAUGGAGACAGCUGGUUACAAACUGGGUAGCAGGAGGCAGCAUGUCUUCCAAAGUUCAAUCCAAAGGCUUCAAAGCCAAGGAUCACCAGCCCUCAGCCCAAGAGAGUCUGCCACCCCCAGAGGCCAAUGCUGAAGCCAUCAACUUCCUCAACUCCCUCCGGCAAGAGGAGCUGCUGACGCUAUUCUUCUCGGAGACUCUGGUCAUGGUCUCCGACACAGGGGAGCCUCAGGGAGAGCUGACCAUUGAGGUGCAGAGAGGGAAAUACAAAGACCAGUUUGGUGUCACGGAGUACUUCCCAUUCGUGCAUGCCUUUAGCCACGGCUCCAUGGACAAAAUACUCUGCGGAAACUCCAUUCUGGGCUAUCUCUCGUGGAAACUGGAGGUUGUGGAACAACAUAAUAAGGAGUUCAUCAAGUUCCACGCCCUCCCCAUGGAACGGAAGAUGAGUUUGCUGAAGCAGGAUGAUCAGCUGGCCAUGACCAGAAUCAUCAAGGAGGGUGAGGAAGUGAAGACCGAAGUGACUUUCUUCCCCUGGCACUCCAUUGCGGGCUUCGUCUCCCAGGCUGCCAACCUGGUGUUGCUGAGGGUGAUGGCCUGGAGGCAGACAGUGCCCAGCAACGCCCGUUUCCUGGCCUUGGACACCGAGGGCAAACUCUGCUAUUCCACUUACCAAGGCCUGGGCUCCCAGACGAUCCAGGUGGGCCAUCAGCAGGUGGAAGCGUUCAUUGUGGAGCAGACUGUACACUCGGAACAGGGCAUCCCCGUGUCCUGCCAGUUUCACCUGCUCUCUGAUGGGCACCUGGCCAAGAGGAUCCAGGUGGGCUCCCCGGGGUGCUGCAUGAUCACCAAGGUGCCCACCUUGAGGGAGGCGGAUGAUAUUGAGCCUCACCCAGUGUUUGAGAAGAAACCCCUGGUGUGGGAGGAGGACAUGGAGCUCUACUCGAAGUUCGUGGACCGGAAGGAGGAGCUCCGUCUCAGCCACAACAGCUAUCUGCGGCAGCACCCCGAGGCCGAGGCGCUCAUCUCCGACUUCCUGCUCUUCCUGCUGCUACACCAGCCGGCCGAUGUGGUCACCUUCGCCGCCGAGUACUUCGGCCCCUUUGCGAUGCGACGCCCGCCCACUCCGUCCUUGCGCUCCUCCAACCGGCCCUGCCCCUUCCACGAGCUGGAGCCGGAGGGCCUCGAGGGCGAGGAGGGCUAGGCGGGCAGCAAGGCGUUCCCCCGGGGCCCAGCUGGCCGGGGCGAGGCAGGAAGACAAGGCAUCCGGACUGGGCUGGGGCGGCACGCGGGCGGGAGGCACCCGGGAGGCGCGCUUUCCUGCCUGCGGUUUUAAUGGGAAUAAACGGGGCCCUCCCGAGGCUUGGCUGUGAGCCGGA